AUGGGUGCCGGCAUUGCGAUGCCGCCCCCGGAUGUGGCGCUGGCGGGGCCCACGCGGGCGAUGAUCAAGCUUCCGAAGAUCUCCUUCUCGGCCAUCAACGGGGUGGCGGUGGGCGGCGGGGUGAACUUGGGGCUCCUGUGGCAGGAUAUGGUCUUCGCCAGCGAGGCGCCGGGUAGCCGGAAGGGGGAGGGGACAGGCCGCUCAAGCUUCGAAGACGCCACCUUCCGGUACCCUUUUGGGGAGCUGGGCCUGUCGCCUGAGCUGGGCUCAUCAGUGAUGCUGCCCCUUGAGCUGGGAAUUCGGAGAGGGGGCAGAUUCGGGGUGG